AUGAAUGAUGUUAAUCAAAUUUGGUCUUGCACCUUUGUUUACAUGAGCUGUCGGGAACAAGUUAGAUCUUCUCAAUUAGAGACUCUCAAAUCUUUGGCUUCGUUCAUCGAUAAACCAUGGAUCUUAGCGGGUGAUUGGAAUGCAUAUUUGCACCCUGAAGAAAAGAAUGGUGGACGCCCUUUAUCCAACUCAUCCGUGACCCCCUUGAAGGAGUUUGCAAAUUCAGUUUGCAUCUCACCCAUUCAUCAAUCAGGGUAUCAAUUCACUUGGACUAAUGGCCAAUUUGGACAUCGUAGAAUUGAAGGAAAGUUGGAUCGGUUCUUCUCCAAUGUAGCAUGGUUCAAUCUCUUCCUGGAUGCAAUGGUUACUACAGAGGUAGUUGCUUCAUCGGAUCAUAGGGCAAUCAUUCUAAACACCGACAGAAUGGGGUCCAAACCACCUCAGCCUUUUCGUUUUUGA